AUGGAAAAUAUAGAUAAGAGCUUGAUACGCUGGGAAGGACAGUGGAGGAAGUUAGGCAAGAGAUGGAUAUCACUCUGGAACAGCAGACGGGGCCAAAUUUACCCAAAUGAUCCACAUUGGAGGGAAAUGUAUGAUCGUAUUACCCAUAGAGAGGAAGAGCGGAUGGCUGGAAUGUUUGGAGGUGGCUCAAGUUCGUCCAGUGGAACUAGGAGUCACUCUACCUCAGAACCUCAACAGUGCAAGGGUCAAGAAAUGGCAAGUCAAGAAGGUGCAUCCAAAUCACUAGAGGUCGAGAAUGAUAAAGAUAAGCAAAUACAGGAACUGAAAGAGAUGAAUGCUCGACUCUUGGAGAUACUGGAAAAACAGAAUCAGAAUAAGAAUGACGAUGAAGGAAGUUUUAUAAGCGUCAGUUGCCCUGAAGCUUUGAAGGUGAAGAUGGCUACUUUUUAUUUGGAAGGUCCAGCUGACUAUUUGGUGGAAUACCACCAAGGGAAUAGCUCAGAAAUCAGAAUUACUUGGACAGAGUUUGUUGAGAAAAUGAAGAAUAAAUUCUUUCCUCCAGCAUUACGGAGGAUGAAGGAAAAUGAAUUUUUAUUUCUGAAGCAAGCGAAAAUGUCUGUAUUGGAGUAUGCAGCAAAAUUUCUUGAAUUGUCUCGAUUUGCACCUGACUUCGUGAAGAGAAUUGAGAUGAAGGAUGAGGAGUUCAGAAAGAAAAGAAAUGGAGGAAAUUUAAAGAGGGGGAUUCAAGAAGGCAAAAACGAAAUACAGCCCCAAUCAGUUCAGAGGGCUAGCUGGAAUGGCAAGAGGGUAGAACAGAAUGGAAGUGCAAUCGUUGUGGGAAGAAUCAUUAGGCAAAAAUUGUUCGGGGCAGAGGUGUGUUUUAAAUGUAAAAAUGUUGGGCAUCGAAUUAGUGAGUGCCCUUUGUGGAAAGAAUCAGGAAGGAUAGGAGGAAAUAAUAAAUCAGGGAAUAUGUUGAUGCUGGCGGCUGGAGAAGGAAGCUCAAGUCAAGAGUUAAUACCUGAAGGUAUCGGUUAUGUGAAUCAAAUAGAAGAGUGUAAAAAGGAGGAAAAGAAAAUUGAAGAAAUUCCGGUGGUCAGAGAUUUCCAGGAUGUAUUUCCAGGAGAUUUACCGGGACUGCCACCGCAUCGGGUGGUUGAUUUUCAUAUUGAUCUGGUGCCGGGGGCGACACCGAUAUCUAGAGCUCCUUAUAGGAUGGCUCCUGCAGAAAUGGCUGAAUUGAAAAAGCAAUUAGAAGAAUUGUUGCAGAAAGGUUAUAUCCGACCUAGUGUGUCUCCAUGGGGCGCACCAGUAUUGUUUGUGAAGAAAAAGGAUGAUCGCCAAGAGCAUGAAGAACAUUUGAGGGAGGUAUUGGAAAUAUUGCGAAGAGAGAAACUCUAUGCAAAGCUGAGUAAGUGUGAUUUUUGGUUGGAUCAAGUAAUGUUCUUAGGGCAUGUUGUAACCAAAGAAGGUAUAGCAGUGGACCCUGAAAAGAUAAAAGCGGUAAAAGAAUGGCCUGCACCUACAAAUGUUGGGGAAGUUAGAAGUUUUCUUGGGCUUGCUGGAUAUUAA